AUGUGUGCUUACAGUUCCCUACUGAACCAAACCUUCAUUCGCAACUCUCCUCCCAUAGAAUGGUCCAAUCUCGUAGCUGUUGAUCAUAAACUCUACGCCAUCAACAAAGAAGAUGACUUCACCUCCUGCUCGUCAAACGUCUUCUUCCUCGACCGCCGAACGCACACGUGGGUGGUCGAAGGACUUGUUGAUUCAGCGUCUGGUAGGAGUGUUUUCCUUACAAAGGACUUGGUAGAGUUUGGUAGUGCUUGUUUGAUAGAGAAAAUAUACUAUUGUUAUGGAUCUACUGGAGAGUUUCUUUGGUCUAACAAUAGCGCCGAGGUAGAUGGUUGGAAGAAAGUUGAAGGUUUGGAAGGACUGUCUAAGCUUGCCCGUUAUAGCAAUGUUAAUUUGGUUGAUUGUGGUGGUAAGAUGCUGGUGUUUUGGGAUAAGUAUGUGCCUGCUGGGAAUAUGGAGAAGAUGAUUUGGUGUGCUGAGAUUUCUCUGGAAAUGCGCAGCAGCGGUGAACAGGGGACAAUGGUUCCCUUAUAG